AAAAUAGUUUUUGAAAGUGAAGCUCACGCUUGAAGCAAAACUUAUGUUGUCGUGUUGAGGCGAAGCGAUACAUCCUGUCACGAUACUUUAAAGGUAGAUACUGUGGAGUGUGUAGCAUCACUACUGUAUAUUGAGGGAAUGGAGAAGGCUAAACAAGAUGCAUUCGACAGUGCCAGGCUUCACGUGAUCAAAGACGGCUAUGAGAGGGCCUUUGAGUGCAUAAAUAAAGGACUCACUGUCGAUGAAGCUGGAGACAAGGCACAGGCCCUGGAGCUCUACAAGCAAGGGCGACAGCACCUUCUCAGGGCCAUCAGUGUGCCUUCUCAGGGAGAGGAGUGUGUCGGCAGCUGCUGGGAAUCGGCCCGACAGAUGCAGCAGAAGAUGCAGGAGACGCUGAACAACAUCACCACUCGGCUGGCCAUAAUAGAGACCAGCGCUGACCUUGGAUCUGCCCCUACACUGAACAUUAGCAGUGUGCCCGGCCCUGGUGCCACACACGUGUCUGGAAAAGGUCUCUAUCCAAAGCUUCCCACCCGAAACAAGCCAGAGAGGCCAGCUCCCCCAAACCUACUUUCUGCUCCUGGCCAGGCAGCAGGGGCUGUAGGAGGCAUGCCUGCAUGCAGCAGUGAGGGUCUACCUCUCUCAGCGAGUGGACCCGCUGUGGUUGAAGCCGAACAGCCUCCAUCUUACUCCCCUCAGGCGGCUGAUGGCCACUUAUCGGUCUCGUAUGGAACAGAUGCAGGGGAACUGUCAUUGGUUGGGGAUGAAUUCUACAGUCGUACAUCUAACUCAACACCAUCUCUCCAGAGUAUGGGUGAAGAUGGAGAGGAGCUGGUGUACAUCCCUCAUGGGGUACAGAUAUUCUUUGUCACGCCUGAAGGGCAAGUGAGUGCCCCAUCGUACCCGGGCUACCUGCGGCUGGUGAAGUUUACUGGUGACCACGAAGACAGGAUGCCCAACCGACCACCAGCAUUUUUGCAGGUGUGUGACUGGCUAUACCCUCUCAUGGCCAUGGACUCGCCAGUGUUGCUGUGUAACACUGGUGUGUUCAUGUUUCCGGACUUGAUGGCGCCAACUCCAGGCUAUUUUGUGGGGGUGGUGUUGUCCUCUGAGCUACCUGCUGCAGACAGAGAGCUGUUCCAGGACAUGCUCUCCCAGAAUACAGAUCUCCGAGUUCAGGCUCCAGAUGAAACUGCAGACGCCAUUAAUCUCAGUCAGAAGGUGUCCAUCGCUACACCUGAGGAGACUGCACCAACCGUGACCGAGGAGGAGAAGUUGCUGCCUGAGUGGAGUGAAAAGGUGGCAAGUGGGAUCUUGACAGGUGCGUCAUGGCUAAGCUGGGGCCUGGUGAAAGGAGCUGAGUACACAGGCAAGGCCAUUCACAAAGGGGCAUCUAAACUCCGAGAACACAUCACCCCAGAGGACAAACCCACCCACGUCAGCCCCACAGUCACCAAAGGCCUCCAUGUUGCCAAGCAAGCGACAGGAGGAGCUGUCAAAGUCAGCCAGUUUCUAGUGGACGGGGUGUGCAUGGUCGCUGGCUGUGUGGGUCGAGAGUUGGCUCCACAUGUGAAAAAACACGGAGGCAAGCUGAUCCCAGAGUCUAUGAAGAAAGAUAAGGAUGGGCGUUCCAACAUAGAUGGAGCUAUGGUGGUGGCUGCCAGUGGAGUGCAAGGAUUUGCGACCAUGUGGACUGGUUUGGAAGUAGCAGCAAGGGACAUUACUACGAGUGUCGCAUCAGAGACAGUCACCACCGUAAAACAUAAGUACGGGGCAGCAGCAGGACAAGCCACAGACCAUGCUGUCAAUUCUGCCAUUAAUGUCGGUCUCACUGCAUUCAAUGUGGACAACCUGGGAAUCAAAGCUGUGGUGAAAAGAACUGGCAAACAGACGGCGAAGACCAUUUUGGAAGACUACAAGCUCCAGGAGAAACCAGAGAAUGGAAAGCAAGUAGAGAAAUCGGGCAAAUAGCUGGCAGUGCCCGGCCUCAUUUCCUCAGUCACACCUUAAAGUAUAAUUUGUAUUCUUCUAUAAAAUACAUUUUAUAAACUGAAUAUUCAUUAUUUUUAAAAAACAUGUUCUAUAUUUACAUUACAACUACUGUUAUAUGCAUAUCCUAUAGUUUGAUACAGCUCUUGAGCACUUUAAUCCUUGCUAAAUAAGAUAAAUGAAUAGAAAUGGCAGAUUUCAAAACUCAAAUUAAAACAUGGCCAUACAGUUUAUUGACACAUUCAGUUGUUAUCACUUAACCUGUGAGAUACCAGUUUAAUUCUGCUCUUUGUACUAAGACAGUAUUUAAUUGUUGCUAACUAGACACUGGGAACUUUCCUAAUCUUUGUGAAGCAUCUGUGUGUUUGAGUUUAUCCCUGGAAGGAUAAGUGCAAUUUAUAUACUUUGAAUGAAUGAAUGAUGAAUAUAUAAAUAAUAAUAAAUAUUAUCUGUCAAUAUUUUGGGAUAUAAUAUAAUAAAGUGUCUGUUAUACUGUUGUUUAAGAUGAGGUAUAAUCACUGCUGCCCACUGUGCCUGCAAACAUCACAAUAUACAAAAAUGUGUUGUGAAACUGAAACUGUAACACUUGAGUUUAUAGUCCAUGAUGAAUUUUUGUUAGACCUUCAAGAGUUUCUUUCCAUCUCCUAUGAAUGAGAUGCUCAGCGCUAUAUUCUGCAUUUCAUAAUGAUGUUUACAGUGUUAAAUAUACAAAUCUAGAUGUUAUUUUGAUGGACAGCGUUUAGAUGAAUGUUAAGUUUGAAGUGCAAUUUUGUUUUUGAGUGAUCUGGUUUGUGAUAUUUUUGUGUGAGACUUUGGCAGGUUAAUCUACAUUUUAAAUGGCUUUCUAGUAUUUUAGUUGGGCAUUGAGAUUUAUUUCCCACCUGAAAUACUGAGAAUUUUCGGAAAAAUAAAAUGUUUCAUGAAACAACAAAUUCUGUAUUUAUUUAUUUGAGCAGUGUAGUUUUGAACAGUUGUAUUGUUUAAAUCUAAUAAACACUUAAUACCUCCA